AUGUUUAUAGAGAUGUUUCAGCUUUUAUUCACGGUCGUCUCAAUAGAAGCCGCUCUUAUUAUAACACUCGGGUUUGGGACUCCAGUGAGAAGAGCUGUGGUGAAAUUGCUAGACUUGUUCAAGCAAGGUCGAGGACCACUGGUUACAAAGACGGUUGCAGCCACUAUGCUUGUGUUGUUUGGCUCGGUUCUGUUCAGCACGAUCCAGAUCAACACAAGGCUCUCCGAGUCUGGCGCUGUAGCUAACUCGACUGAUCAAGUCAUGUUUGCGAAUCGCCUCCUCGAAGCUUUCCUCAUGGGUAAGUAA